AUGACUCGAAACUAUGGUGCCAUGAAUUGCGAGUCGUGUAAAACAUUUUUUAAGCGACACGCACUUAAAAAUGAGCCAUUGAUUUGUGCCUCAAAUGGCAAAUGCGAUAUCAAUGUAAUGACGAGAAGGUAUUGCUAUAAAUGCAGACUUGAAAAGUGUUUCGCUGUCGGCAUGAAAACGGAAUUAAUACGAAAAAUGAACGAACAAUUUAUUCGACAAAUAAUUCAAUUCACAAAAAGUCUGAACGGAUUCAACAAUAUCUGUGCCGACGAUAAGUAUGCGCUUAUGAAACACGGGGGCAAAGAUCUAAUGCUAAUCCGGAGUCUUAAGUAUUAUAACAAAGAGAUUACAGGUUUUAGAAUACAAAAGGGUCCGGAUCAAACAUUCCACCUAGGCUUAGACAUUUAUGAACCAAUGGGAUUAGCACCUAUUUUAAAAUCAUAUUAUGAAAAGUUCAUAUCUAUCUGGAAUUACGAUGAUCACAUUAUUAUUGACCUGCUGACUGCAAUUUUACUCGAACAACAACUGUAUAUAUAUUUACUGCAAAGAUAUCUACUAUUGAAAUACCGCUCGGAAUCAGAGUCACAGACAAGACUUCAAACACUAAUGGAGUCAUUAAAUGAUAUGAAUACUUUAAAUAAUAUUCAGGGCCGUAACUUCGGUGCCAUUACUUGUAAGCCAUGCAAAACAUUCUUUAGGAGAAAUGGCCUCAAAGAUCAGCCAAUGAAUUGUCCAUUAAAUGGCAAAUGCAUUAUAAAUCCAUUGACGAGACAGAUGUGCAAAAAGUGUAGACUCGACAAGUGUUUUGCUUUGGGAAUGAAAAAGGAAUUAAUCCGAAAUAGUUUGAUGGGUUUCAACAAUAUGUGUGCCGACGAUAGGUUAGCGUUAGUUAAGUACAACACCAAAGACAUCAUCUCUAUCUGCACUCUAAAACAUUAUGAUAAAGAGACCGAGUGUUUUGUGACACCUAUAUUGAGGGCAAUUAUACUGUUUAACCCAAAUCAACCAAAUUUGAUGCAUAGAAAUUCUGUGAGACUCGAACAACAACUAAGUUAA